AUUUCUACAACCCUUACUUCCUCCUUGAGAACACGGUAGGAAUCCCAUCUCAACACAAUGUCUUCAGAAAGAGUAGCAUGGCUUGGCCUGGGUAACAUCGGCCGGGGUAUGAGCCGCAACAUCGCCCUGAAAGGCCCCCAAUCCUCCCCUAUAACCCUCUACAACCGCACAACAUCCAAAGCCACCGCAUUCGCAGAUUCAAUUGGCUCCAACAAGGCCACCGUUGCAACCACCAUCCCUGAAGCCGUGCAUCAAGCCACGAUCGCCUUCAUCUGCGUCGGUGAUGACCAAGCCCUCGACCAAAUCAUCAACACCAUCACCGCCAAUCCAUCUCUUGACCUAACCUCCAAGAUCGUCGUCGACUGCUCCACCGUCCACCCAGACACCUCCCGCCGCGCCCACGCCACCCUCCUCGAACGCGGCGCAACCUUCGUCGCAUGCCCCGUCUUUGGCGCCCCCAACAUGGCCGACGCAGGCCAAAUGAUCGUCGUCCCCGCCGGACAGCAAGAGGCGAUUGACCGCCUCAAACCCUUCUUUGAGGGCGUCACGGCAAAAGCUAUUCUCCCCUUGCCCGGCGACGAUGUCGGCCGUGCCUCCCAGCUCAAGAUCUUGGGUAACAUCUUCAUCCUUAACACCGUUGAGACCCUCGCGGAGGGUCUCGUACUCGCGGAGAAAUGCGGUCUCGGCGCCGACAAUUACCAAAAGUGGAUCCAUACGUGGCUUCCUGGACCGUUUGCGAAAUACACGGAUCGGAUGGUUGAGGGCGACUACUAUAAGCGUGAUGAGCCGUUAUUUGCAGUUGAUCUGGCUAGGAAAGAUCUGGGACAUGCUAGUAGCAUUGCUCAGGGGGCGGGGGUGCGGUUGAGGAGUGUGGAGGUUACUGAUGCAUAUUUGCAGGAGGUGAAGAAGGAGAAGGGUGUGAAGGGGGAUAUUGCAGGUGUAUAUGGGGCGAUUCGCAAGGAGUCUGGGUUAGACUAUGAGAAUUAGAGUGCAUGUGCUUGUAUAGUUAAUUGAUUCACGAAUCCCGGUUUAACCUAGUAUUGAAUGCCAUGGGUUCUUGUUCCAGCGCCUUACGGUAUAUGUAUGAUCACUAUAGGCCUUCAGCCCUGGUAAGAAUGAAUACGGUACGAAGUACGGAUCAAUCAGUUGCAAAAAAUGGUAGUCAAGGGAGAAAUCCGGGAUUGGGUUGGAUUUCUUUUCUGUCCAUAUCCCCACCUAUAGCUAUCCAAACCGAUAUUAUUAGACGACACCAAUUAGGGUAACUAGUCAUAAAGGGAAGUUCGCGUUCGUAUCAUGAAUCCAUUUAUCACCGGUAUGGGUAUAAUAGCCCUAAUUGCUGACCCACCUAAUUAAUGAUCUGCAACAACUACCACGGUCAGACCGAACUUCUAGAAUGCCGGCAGUGGACAAAAUCAUUCCUGUGGGCGUCUUCGGGAGUCACUAGCACUUCGUGACUCAAACAUAAUAG